AUGGGAAUGAUGAUCUAUAACAGUUCAAUUGUGAAAAGAAGAGAGAUACAAGCCGUUGGUGUGCUCUCGGAGGAUAUUUGUUUCUCAAAGAUGGUGCCAGUUUUCCAUGGUGGUUUCACAAUCACCAUCAUCACAAAAAUCUCAAUUAUGUACGCAAAAUUGUUGACGGCUAUCCUUAUCGCUCGAAAUGCGAGGAACCAUGAACAGAUCCAUUACGAAGAUGCCCUCGCCGUUCAAGGUGAGCUUUCCAGGAAGGCAGCGCCGCCGCCUAAGGAUGCUGCCGUGAUGCAGAUGUUUGAGAACUCCGAUACGGCGAAGAACGAGAUUUCAGGAUUGCCGGGUCAUGAAGAAGCCAUUGCUGAAUCUGGUGUUGCUGCAGGACGAAAUAGCCAUGGAUAUUCAUAUUCAUCUGAACACGACUCGGCUUCUGACCACGGCGGUGGAAUCACCAUCGGAGAAGCACUAGAAGCAACCGCACUUACCGCGGGAAAAAAGCUGGUGGAAUGGAGUGAUGCUGCAGCGAUACAGGCAGCGGAAGUGAGAGCCACCGGUCGAACCUCCAUAAUGCCCGGUGGUAUUGCGGCGGCUGCUCAAUCAGCCGCCACACUUAAUGCUAGGGCAACCAGAGAUGAAGACAAGACCAAAUUGGCUGAUAUUCUAGCGAAUGCUACGGCGAAGUUGCCAUCGGAUAAGCCGGCAACAAGAAAAGAUGCGGAAGGGGUAAUGGGUGCCGAAAUGAGGAACGAUCCUAAUCUAACCACACACCCGGCCGGCGUCUCCGCCUCUAUUGCCGCCGCUGCAAGGCUCAACCAGAGUCAUAAAUUAAAGUAGAGUAACACCAAUGAUACCAUGCAUCUCAUAUAUAUUUCUGAUACUACUAUACAUGUAAUUAAAAGAACUUCACUCGACUUUGCAAUGAGUUUAGUUGAAAAUGUUCAUUAAUCUUGUAAUCAUUUUUGCUUGAAAUUAUGAAUA